AUGGAAAGGGAGUCGGGGUGCAGAGAAGAAGAGGAAGAGGAGGGUGUGAAAAGGUUUGAGGAAGAGUGUGAAGAGGAACUCAACGACUUUUGCCAUUCCACGACACCCCCGACCACUCUCGCCCGCCCGCUCUACGACGCCCCGACCACUCUCACCUACCCACUCAACGACACCCCGACCACUCUCACCCGCCCACUCUACGACGCCCCGACCACUCUCACCCGCCCACUCAACGACACCCCGACCACUCUCACCCGCCCACUCUACGACGCCCCGACCACUCUCGCCCGCCCGCUCUACGACGCCCCGACCACUCUCACCCGCCCACUCUACGACGCCCCGACCACUCUCGCCCGCCCGCUCUACGACGCCCCGACCACUCUCGCCCGCCCGCUCUACGACGCCCCGACCACUCUCACCUACCCACUCAACGACACCCCGACCACUCUCGCCCACCCGCUACACGAUGCACCGACCGCUCUCGCCCGCCCACUCUACGACCCUCCCCCCGACUACUCUCGCCCGCCCACUCUACGACCCUCCCCCAGACCACUCUCGCCCGCCCACUCCACGACGCCCCCAACCAUUCUGGCCCGCCCGUUCCACGACGUCCUGACCACUCUCGCCCGCCCACUACACGAUCCCCCAACAACUCUCACCAGCCCUCGCAGGGAUUACUCUCACCCGCCCGAUGCCCCGACCACUCUCACCCACCUGUUACACUACGCCCCGACAACUCUCGCUCGACCGCUAAUCGACGCCCUGACCACUCUCCCCCGCCCGCUACACGACUUCCCGACCGUUCUCGCCCGCCCGCUACACGACUUCCCGACCGCUCUCGCCCGCCUACUACACGACGCCCCGACCACUCUCGCCCGCCUACUACACGACGCCCCGACCACUCUUGCCUGCCCGCUUCACGACGCCCUGACCACUCUCGCCCGCCCACUACACGACGCCCUGACCACUCUCGUUUGCCCGCUACACGAUGCCCCAACCACUCUCCCCAACCCGCUGCACGACGCCCCGCCCACUCUCGCCCGCCCACUACACUCUGGUCUGCCAACUACACAACGUCCUGACCACUCUCACCGCCCGCUACACGACACCCCGACUACUCUUGACCGCCCACUACACGACGCCCCGACCACUCUUCCCCGGCCAUUUCACAACGUACCGACCACUCUCGCCCGCCCGCUACACAACACCCUGACCACUCUUGCCCGCCCGCUACACAACACCCUGACCACUCUUGCCCGCCCGCUACAUGACGCCCCAACCACUCUCGCCCGCCCAUUUCACGACAUCCCAACCACUCUCGCCCGCCCACUACACGACGCCCUGACCACUCGCCCGCUCAUUGCCCCGACCACUCUCGCCUGCCCACUACACGAUGCCCCGAUAACUCUCGUCCACCCAUCGCCCCGAUAA